UCUAAGAAGCAGAAAGAAGCAGAAGCAUCAUCACAGUCUGCAUAGAGCAUCCCAGACCCAGACAGGUGCAGAGAGACAGUGAUGUCUAAACACAGCGAGAUACAUCUUGACUGACUAUAAAGGACUUUUUUAGUAAACCAGAUUAGAUUCUAAACUGCUACAAUGACCCAGGGAAAGGUAUCAGUGACAAACAAGUCGAACAAUGGUUCAGAUGUCCCGGCAAUGGCCUCAGCUCCUCCAAGUUAUGCAGAUGCGACUGCUGAAGGUGGAAGUCCAUGUUAUAGUGGAGCUUACACUGGUGAUGGUGAGAUGCUCACAGAGUUCAGCUGGGAUGACCAAAACAUCAGGAGGAUAUUCAUCCGCAAGGUGUACAGCAUCCUGAUGCUCCAGCUCUCUGUAACAGCUGCCUUUGUGGCCCUUUUCGUUUUCUGUGAACCAGUGAAAAAUUACAUUCAGGCUAAUCCUGGCUGGUACUGGGCAUCAUAUGCAGUGUUUUUUGUCACAUAUCUGACCCUGUCCUGCUGCCGUGGACCUCGGAGGCAGUUUCCAUGGAACCUGAUUCUGCUCGUAAUCUUCACUCUGUCUCUUUCGUACAUGACAGGGAUGUUGUCCAGCUACUACAACACUAAGUCUGUAAUCAUUUGCCUGGGUAUUACUGCCUUAGUGUGUCUUGCUAUUACCAUCCUAAGCUUCCAAACCAAGAUGGAUAUCACUUCAUACCAAGGUGUGCUCUUAGUCUUCUGCACAGCCAUGUUCAUUUGUGGACUUUUCCUGGCAGUUAUCCUGCCCUUUGGAUAUGUUCCUUGGUUACAGGUUGUUUAUGCUGCUUUGGGAGCAAUACUGUUCUGCAUGUUCCUGGCUUUUGACACACAGAUGCUGAUGGGGAGCAAACAUUACACCAUAAGUCCAGAGGAAUACAUCUUUGCCACCCUCAGCAUAUACCUGGACAUAGUUUACAUUUUCUCCUUCUUUCUCCAGUUAUUUGGAACUCCUGAUCGGGAGUGAAUGUGCUUUUAACCUGAAGCUGUUACAGCUCUCUUGAUGUGCACUGGCCCCCCGACUUUCUUUUGUGUCCCUGGUCAGAGUUAUCCUCUCCAGCAUGAUGUGAUCUCCAGUGCACACUGUUGUGUGUCAAGCUCCUCACCUCAGCUUUGUCCUGCUACGAUGUGCCACACAUUUAUCCUAUAGCGUGAAGGAGGUCUUCCAUUGCAUAUGCAUACAUAAGUGCAUUGGUUCAACUGACAACAUCCAUCUAGUUGUACAAAUGGUGUCAUAGAAAAAAAAAGAAAAUAUUAAAAACACAGGUGUCGACAUCUGUGAGAUUCAGUGCAUAUUAAAUGUUUAAUAUACACUAUGCAUACAGAGGCACUUCAGUCCUGAUUAAGGACUGAGCAUUUGCGGUGGAAAUGUAUUACGCUUUUGCAUGAAAGUGAACAAUUUUGAUACAUACAGUAUGUUCACAUACAUCAUACAAAAGCAUUAUAAUGAGGUAAAGUGUUAGAUAGAAUUCAUCCAUCUGUUUAGCUAUCACAGCAUGGGGACAUUUUAAACAUUUAAACAACAUUCUUAGAAACUAGAUAUUGUACUGAAUAUUUUCAGAGUUUUAUUGAGGUUAAUGGCUGGCUGGCUGGCUGGAUUUGAGGAGUGCACAUAUAAAUCAAAUUAACAUUGAGAAUAUCCUAGUUGCAAUUUAUUUUUGGUAAUCAGUGUUUCUAUUUGAAUUUACCAUUAAACAAUUUUUCUUAUUAUUUGCUGUAAUUUUACUGCCAUUAUGAAGUAAUUGAUUUAACUGUGAUAUGCUUAAUUGAACAUUAUUUAAUUUGCUUAUAUAUUAUUAACUCUAAAGUCAUUUUUCAUUCCUGAGAGUUUAAAUGUAUCAUCUAUUUUUUGUCUAAGAAAUGCAAUAUCUAUUUUUAAAGAAAAUGGGUUGUAAAUUAUUUUUAAAGUGUAUAUAGAUGCACAACUUUUAAUAAAAGAGUCUGAAAUAAUUUUGAAUUAAAUAGGCCACUACAUAUUAGAUAAUUUUUCAGUUUUUGGCCUUUGCAGUUGAAACAAUGGUUUAUCACUUGUUGUGGAGUUUUGACUGAAAUAGUCCUAUAAAGUGAAAUAAUGAAAAUGUUUGUUUCACUUAUAAAUUGCAAAAAUCAUCAAAAAUGCCUGUGUUAGGUUACUAUUUAGUUACUAGAGCAAAUUAAUAUGAACAUUCCUGCAAUUUCUCUGUUACAAAUAAAUAAAUGCACUUA